AUGAUCGUGAUUUUAAAACUAUUUCUGAUUUUAAUGUGAGAUUUUUGAAUAUUCUUAGCAUUGAAUUGACAGCCUAAGAUUGUCUUGAUAAUUUUUAAAAAUUAGAUGACGAAGUCGAGUAUACAGAUUAUUAUAUCGAUACAACUGAUUAUUAACCGUUGGAAAGUUAUUCUUAUUCCUUUUGGAUAAAAUAUACUAAUCUAGAUCCAUAAUAUAAAAUUAAUGUACCCGAUGAAGGCUACAGUUGGUGUGGUGGAUAUGAAUUCAUUAUCUGGUCAUAAACUUUAGAUUAUGAUAUGUUUAAGAUUUCAGUAUUGAUGUUAAGAUUCUCGAGAGAGAAAAGUGAGUUCAGAUUUUUGUAUAGUGAUGUUGGUGAAGAUGAUCCUUUAGAAGUUAUAUUUUAAUAGGAUUCAUAAAGACUUGAUAAUCAAUGGAUAUAUUUUAGGAUAUCGUAUUAUCCUUAUGAUUAUAAGGUAGUUAUAUAGAAAGAUUCUGAUAUUAAUAUUUUGAAUGUUUAAACAAUAUAUUCUGGAUAUAUUUAAAGUACGUUGGGAUACGACAAUUUUGUAUUUAUGAUUUAUUGAUAGUUAGAUUGUAAUAGCUAAUACAUUUUUUGUAGUAGAAAUGUUUCCAGGAUACCUAACAAACUAAAUAUAUAAUGAGAAAUAAAUAACACAAAAUGACUAUUUUUACCCAGAUUAUAUAAAUUGCAAACUUGAAGAAGAUAGUUAAGAAGUAACUAAAAUAUUUGUUGAUGGAUUAUAACACUUUAAUUCUGGACUGGUAAUUGUAGACAAACUUUUGAUGAUAGGUGAGAAAUAUAUAAUAUAGGGUUGGGUAAAAUUAAACUUGGAUUUUGUAACAAUUACAGAUCCGCUAUCUUAAUUGUUGAUGAGAAUUACUAUAAAUUCUUAUUAUAUGGAUGCUACAUAUUAGGGUGAUAGAACAUUUUAUUAUCGAUAUAAUAUUUACAAAUAGAAUGUUUAAAAUUCAAAUAUCUAUGUUGAAACAUCUCAUUAUAAGAUUCCUUACUAAUGUUAUUAGUAUAAUAGAAUAUUUGGAGAGAUUGAAGAUUUCGAAAAAUGGUAAUACGAAGAAGAGCAAUUAUUUAAUUUAAUUCAAGAAUGGCAUUUCUUUAUUUUUGAACAUGGUCGAGGAGAAAGUUUAGAAGAAAGUUCUUGCAUUUAUUUAUAUUUUACAAAUAGAAAUGAACCAAUAAAACAUUGUUUUGGAAGUGAGAAUCAGAAACACUAAUAUUCAAAUGGAUACUAUUAUAUUUAUAUAGGAGAAGAUGACUAUAUAAAUAAGAAAUUAAUAGGAUCAAUAUCAGAUUUAACAAUUAAAUAUAAUUAUAAUGAUUUGUAAGAAAUUAAGAUCAGUAUAAAUUAAACUUAUUUUAGAUUGUCAUUUUUCAUGUUCAACAUGUAAUGGUCCAACAGCAAAUAAUUGUCUAUUAUGUGAUUAGGAACUUAAUCGAAUUUAUGAUAUUAUUAAUAGAUCUUGUGUCUGUUUAAAAAACUAUAUGUAGGUUGAUAAAAAUAAAAAAUGUCAAUCAAUUUAAGAAAUUUUUCCAUUCUCUCAAGAAUCAUAGAUUUCUACAAUUUAUGAGGAAUAAUGUGAAUUUGGAUAUUUUAAAAUUCCUAAAGACAAUGCUUUUACUUGUAAAAAAUGGUAUAAAAUAUUUUAUUAAUUUAGUCCAUUUGAAAUUAUAAAUAACAUCUAUUGUUUAGAUUGUUAUGAAUAUUCUAAUACUUGGUAUUCAAACACAAUUUGUACUAGUGAUUUUAUUUAGUAAGAUAGAUCUUAAGAUUAAGGAUAUAUUAUGAAUUAAAGAAGUGAAACUGAAUAUGAAGUAUUUUUACUUGAUGUUGAAGAUAACCUGAUAUAUUUUGAAUAAUAUAAAUAUAUUUGUAAUGAUUCUGAUAUUAGAUAAGGAAUUAGAAAUUGUGUUUAACUUAAAUAGAAAAAUUUAAAGUAAGAUACUUUUGUAGAAUGUUCUUCUAAUUAUUAUUAUUAAGAUGGAGAUUGCAUUCGUUGCUAAUCUAAUUGUUUAAAAUGUACUUAGAAUGCUUCAUGUUAUUCUUGUAUUCCUAAAAAUUAUAUUAAGAAUGGAAAAUGCUUUAAUUGUCCUGCAAAUUGCAAUUAAUGUUAUUAUGAUGAAUUGUUGGAAGUUGAAUUAUGUUAAUUUUGUGAUUCGUAUUGUUAUUUUAUUAUUCUAGAUCCUUUGCUUUAAUUAGAGGAACUUGUUAAAAAUGUGGAAAUUAUUGUUAAACAUGUAUAGAAGAUUUUGAUUCAGAGAGCUAAUUAUAUUUUAAUCGAUGUAUAUAAUGUAUAGAUUCUUCUAAAUAUUACAUUUCUAUUAGAGGUAAACAUUGUUUAGAAAAUUUAAUUGAGAAUUGUUUAUAUGCAUUUGAAUAUAUAGAAACAGAUGAUAUCAAAAUUAAUACUUUAGAUUAUAAGUUUUAAAUUAAUUCUUAACUUACACCUACAGUUAGUUGUGCUAGAUGUAUAGAUAAUUUUGGAGUUGAUCAAAAUAAUUUUUGUUCAAGCUUACAAAAUUUAGAUUUUGUUAAUUGUAUAUUUUCAGCUUAUCUUAUUACAAACUAAAGUCAUAUUUGUAUUCUAGGAGCUGAAAGUAGAUAAACUAAUUAAUGUGCUUAGACAACUCUUUCUUGUUAAACAUGUUUAUAUUAAAAAUCUAUUGAUAAGAAUUUCUGUAUUGAUUGCUUAAAAGGAUAUUAUGCUGAUAGAUUAACUGGACUUUGUUUUUAAUGUCCUAAAUCAUUAUUUUGUAAUACUUGCACCUAAUAAAUGAAAGAAACUCAAAAUUAUUGGUAAACAAAUAUUAUGAAUUUUUAUGAAACUAUUAUUAAUAAAGAUGGAUUACAUUCAUUUCAAGAAAAUGCUUAAAGCUAAUCAAAUUAAGAUUAUGAAGUAAUUUGUACUUCUUGUAUUAACUAAUAUAUUUUAAUAAAUAAUUUAUGCAUUAAAUCAUGUCCAGAAGAUUGUGCUUAAUGUAUUCUUAAAGAUAAUUAAUUUAUAUGUCUUAAAUGCAUAUAUGAAAGUUAAGGUCGUAUGUUAACUAUAUAUAAUAAUUAGUGUUUAAAAUGCCCACAAAAUUGUAAGGUUUGUAGAAAUAGAUCCUAAAUUGAAAUUACUUCACUUAAUCCUUUCUUUUAAAAUUAAAAUUAUAUCAUGUACUCAAGAUAAUGUUUGAUACCUUCUAAUCAUCAACUACAAUAUAAUAAAGAAUAUGGUAUUUUUCUAAACUGCAAUAUAAAUGGUCCAUGUGAAAAUCAUAUGUUAUUUUAAAUCAAUUUAUAUUGCGAUUUUGAUGAAUAUUAAAAUGUUUUAAUACAAAAUUAAAACAAUUUAUAAUUCUUGUAAGGAAAUGCUUAUAUAGAAGAUUUACUAAAAAAUAACUUUUCUCUUUUGUCUAAUGAUUUGCUUUAUUAACAUGCAAAUGAAGCAUAAAUUUCAACUCUUAUAAUUUAAAUUAACAGUAAGAAAUCUUAAAAUUGUUUUCUAGAUCAACAAUUUAUUAUUUCCCAAAAUUUUUAAUAACACAUUUUUACUUUAAAGUAUUUAUUUUUAAUAUUUUAGAACUGUUAAAAUUGAAAUAAUUGGACAAUCUCUUUUAACAAUUUAACUUUCUCAAAAUCUAAAAUUUGAAAACUUUUAAAAUGUUUUACUUUAGAAUAUUAAAUUUGUUAUUGCACCUAAUGUUGAUUAACUAGUUUAAAUUGUGAUCUAAUCAUUAAUUAAAUAAAAAGUAGAAUUUUAAAAUUUGACUUUUACCUCAUCUACUAAUAAUUUAGGUUGCUCUAUUUAAAUUUUGAAUGCAUAUUAAAUUAAACUUCAAAAUAUUGUAAUAAUAGACUACAAACAUCGAGUAUCUUAAGGAUUUUUAAAUAUUCAUUCUUCUGAUAGAAGUGGUUUCAUAUAAAUUAUAGAUUUUCAAUUAAUUAAUGCAGACAUUCAAGAUUCUUCAUUUAUUUAAUUUUAGACUUCAAAAAAUUAUUUAAUUGAAAUUUAAAAUAUUUUUAUCCAAUCAAUAUUAUAUGGAUCCUAAUUUAUUGUUUGUAUUUCAGAUUUUGAGUGUGGUAAAAUAAAAAUUACUAAUUUUGAAUUUUAAAAUUCACUUAGUCAAAAUUCUUUAUUAUUUUAACUUGAUAAAUUUAUUGAGGCCGAAUUUACACAUUUAUUUGUCAAAGAAAUAGAAUUUUAAAACUCUACCUUGAUGUAAUUUAUUUAAAUAUUUACUCUUUCACAUUUGACAUUAAAGGAUUCAAAAAUAUUCAACAGUAUUUUAAUUAAAAAUAUCUUGCAGGCUAAUUUAGAUAAAUAUAUUUACACAUUUUAAAAUAUUGAAAUUAUAUCAAACUAUUACAAUAAAGAGUCAAAACUUAUUAUUAUAAACAGAUUUACAGCCCAAGAAUCAUUACUUAUAAUUAAAGGAGCCAAAUUUAUAUCAAAUCAUCUUGAUAAAUACCUAAUUAAUGAAAAUUUGAAAUAAAUUAAUCAAUCCUUAAUUAUUUUAUAAUGUGAUAAAAUUAUAUUACAAAAUAUAAUAAUUUGGUAAAGUAACGGUUUGCCAAUUAUCUCAUUUAUUAAUUCAUAGCAUAUUGAAAUUAAUAAUUUAUAUAUUACAACAAGUAAUGAAACAAAAUAGUUAAUCUAAAAUUAAUAAUUAGAUACAUCAUAAUUAGGAUUAAUAUUAUAAUUUUUUGCAGCAUAAUUUUUAGAUAUAAGUGAGAUUGUUGUUCAAUCAGUAAUAUUAAGUAAUUAUCCUCUAAUAAGUUAUGAAUCAAUUACCAACUCAAUAUCUUAAUAAAAUGAAUAGAUUAAAAUAAAAAAAUUGUAAUUUAAUAAUAAUAUCAUAAUAUUUGAUUCAACAAGAAAUAGUGUAUGUCUUUUUGAAAUAAUAUCCAAAUAAAAUAUUACUGCAAUAUUUGAAGAUGCUAUAUUUUAAAAUAAUAUUUUAUUACAUAAAAAUUAAGGUCAAAAACAACGAUCUGCAACUUUACUUUAUUUUGAUUGUUUGGAUUGUAAAUUUUAAUUUUAUUCUAAUAAAUAUAUUUCUAACGUAGUUAUAAAUGCAAGUGUAAGUAUAAUCUAUGUAAAAUCUAAGGAAUUGAUAAUUUUUAAAUCAUUAUUUUCUUCAAAUGGUCGUUAUAAUACUGAUAUAAAUAAGUUAUUAAGAACCUUUUAAAUAACAAUUCAAGAUUAAAUGAUUAAUCAAGAGAGUGCUAAUGGUAUAUUUAAUUGUUAAAACCUAAAAAUUUAUAAUUCAUUAUUUGAGUUUUCAUAUGGUUCUCUUUCAAGUGCAUUUUAUUUUUUAUCAUCCUAAACAGGAAAUUUGGAUGUUAAAAGAACCAUUUUUUAACAUAAUAGUAAUUUAUAUUUUGGAGAUAAAUUAAAAGGAGGUUCAAUUUAUAUUGAGGGUAAUAAUCAUUUAUAUUACAUUAAUCUUGAAGAUAACAUAUUUAAAAAUAUUUCCUCAUAAAAAGGAGGAGCUUUAUAAAUUUAAAAUACUUUAGGGAUAUCAUAAAUAUUCUUAAAAAAUAUAUUAAUUGAAGAUGUGAACUCGUUAUAUGGCACUAUUAUUUUUGCUAUUCUCUCAAAUUAAUUUUAAAGUUAAUCAUCAAUUUAGAUUAUCAAUGUUACAAUCAAUAAUAGUUUUUCCAGUUAUGCAAAAUAUUAAACUUUUGUCUAAGAUUCUUUUUCUAAUAAAGCAAAUGAUAAUAUAUUUUUAUAUAGAUCGAUGAUUUACUCAGAACAUGGAAAAUUGAUUGUUAAUAAUAUGAAUAUUUUGUAGGCUCAUCAAGAAACAAUAAUUAUGGAUUAAUUUAUUAAAGGACUUAUUCUUUAAAAUUUAUAUGUUUAAAAUACAAAUUAUUCCUAUUAUGGAUUAAUUUUUAUUUCUCCAGAUAUUAGUAAUAAAAUUAUUUAUUUAUAAUAGAUGAAAAGACAGAGAUCUUAAUUAAAAAAUUAUCAGUAUCAGGAUCAUUAAAAUCUGAAUACAUCAAUCCUUCUGAUUAUUCUAUAUAAGGUUUAAUUAAUUUAUAAAACUUGAAUGAAUAGCAUUAUUUAAUUAUAGAAGAUAUUCAACUCUAAAAAAUAGACUGUGACAAUUGUUAUUAAGGAUUAUUUAACAUUUAUGGUUCUAUUACUUCUUCACAAUAAAUUAUUAUGAGAAGAAUAAAUUUAAGAAAUAAUUUAUGUGGUCUAAAAGGAUGCAUUAAUGUGUUUUAGUUUGAUUAAAUUUAAAAUAAUCAAUCUACAAAUAGAUUACUUUAGUAAAUUGAUUAGAAUGCAUCCUUUCCUUACUCAAUUUAAAUCUAAAAUUAUUUUUGCAAUGGUAAUUAAGCAAAUAAUGGUGUUUGUUUAAGAAUUAAAGACUUUUCUAUUAUACUUGAAUUUUCUUAAUUAAUAAAUAAUAAAGCAAUUGAAUAAGGAGGGGCAAUUGUAUUUUAAGGUAGAAAGGCUAUAUUUACAAUUUUAAAUAGUAUAAUAGCUAAUAAUGUUGCAAAAGUUGGUGGAGGAAUUUACUAUAUUGAAUCAUUCUCUAAAAAUUAUACUGAAUUAAACUCAUAUAUUUCUAAUAAUAGUGCAACUUAUUUUGGAGAUGACACAACGGAAUUGCCAAAUUAAAUAAAAAUUAAUAUUCAAAAUCAUUUAUACUCAAAUAAACAAACACAUUUUCAAAAUAAAAUUAUUGAUUAAGUAUUAAUUUAAGAAAAUACUACAAUUAAUCAAUCUUUUAUUAAGUUACCAAGUGCAUAGCCUCUUCAUUUAUAUGAAUAAUUUGAUUGGAAGAAUAACAAUUAUAAAAUGAUAAAUUAUACUUUAAGAUUAAUUCCUUUUGAUUAAAAAAAUAAUAGAGUUAAAAAUCUAACAAAUAGUAAAUGUUCUAUAUAAGGCAGAUUAUUUGAUUUUAAUAAAAUACAAGAAAGUGAAAUGAAGUAAUUCAAUACUAAUUUUACAAAUUUCUAUGAAGUUUCUUACAAUACUUAAAUUGAAGAUUAUAAUUUUGAUGGUCUUAUAAUAUAUUUUGAUCCUGAUUUACCUGAUAAUAUUGUAUUAUAAUUUGAAUUUAAAUGUGAUUCAAUAAAAAUACCAAUAAUCAAUGAAAAUUCUCCUAAAAAUACAAUAAUUGAAUAAUCUGAAGAAUAUUAUUUAAGAUUAAAUAUUAAAACAUUAAAUUGUUAGGUUGGAGAAUUAAAAAAUGAAGAAGAUUUAUCUUGUCAUCCAUGUGAUUACACUUAAGAUUAAUAUUCAGUUAACUUUAAUUAAUAAAAAUGCAAAAUUAGAGAUAAUAUUUAAAUGGAAUCAGUUAAAUCUGCAUAACUAAAAUUAAGACCUGUAAUUAAUUUUUAUUAUUUAAUAUUAGAAUUUCUGGAGACCAUAUUUUUAUGCAGAUUUGGUAGAAAAUUGUUAUAAUGAUGAAUUUAAUUGUUUAGGAGGAUGGAAUUAUGGUGAUUCAUCAUGUUCUCAAGGGCAUAUUGGUGCUUUAUGUGAAUAAUGUGAUCUAUAUAAUACUAGAGGAGAAGGAUCUUAUUCAAUUAGUUCAAAAUUUAAAUGUGGUUCAUGUGAUGACACAAAUGCAAAUACAUUUAUCAUCAUUGGUAUAUCUUUAUGGUAAAUAUUAUAUAAUUAUUAUUUUCAUAGGACUCUUAUUUCUAUUUCAAUUUCUGUUAAAAGUACAAUUGAAAUUAUAAAAUAAUUAGCUAGAGCCUCCAAAUUAAAAUCAAUAGGAAUUACAAUUGUUGUUACUAAGAAUAAUGCAGUCAACUUAAUUAAGAUUCUUACUAAUUAUUUAUAAAUUAUAGCAUCUAUUAGCACUUUUUAACUACAAUUACCUUAGAAUAUGGAAUCUGCAAUAAAUUCUUUAGGAAAUCCAAUAGAAACUAUGGCUUAUUCUUUGGAUUGUUUUUUAAAAGAUAUUUUUGAAAACAUCUCUAUUCAUUAUUCAAGAACAAUUUGGUAAUUGAUUAUGCCAAUUAUUUAUAUUCUUUUAUUUUUUUAAUUGUAUGGAGUUGGAGUCAUUAUAAAAUUUGUAGAUUUUAACUUAUGUGUAAUUUCAACAACUUUAAUUUAUAUGUUUAUAUAUCUAUAACCUAAUAUAAUUGCUGGAUAAAUUGGAUUGUUAUCUUAUAGAAAUAUAUCUGGAUACUAAUGGAUAUUAGGAAAUGUAGCAAAUAGAUAUGAUACAGAAAAUCAUAUGAAAUGGUUGAUUUCAUUUAGUUUUCCUGUAUUAUUUACUUUUGGUGUAUUAAUCCCUGGAUUGUUAUUUAAUAGACUUUUUAAAAUAAAAGAUAAUUAAAACAACAUGUAAAAUAGAUUAAUUUUUGGUUAUUUGUAUAAUGAAUACAAAGGUAGUGCAUAUUAUUGGGAAAUAAUAAAGAUUAUUUAAAAAGAGUUAAUUAUUAUUUUCCUCACAUUUUAUCAGGAUUAAAUUCUUGUUAAAGCAGUGUUGGUCUAUGGAAUAAUCUUUAUUUAUAACUAUUUAACUUUGUAGAUUUUUCCAUAUUAAGCAAUGUAACUUAAUGUUUUAGACCAUUAAUCUACUAGAAUUUGUGGUUUUUCAAUUGUUUUAGCAAUUGGAAUUUAUGGAUCAUUAAAAAAUGGAAUUCUUGAAGUUUAGAUUCCAUUUUAUAUAAUUAUGGCUAUUAUAAACUUUUUAUUUUUAGCCAAAUUAAUGCUUAACAUAAUUAAAGCUUAUUUCUAACAAUUUGCAAUUAUAAUCGAUAAAGUGAGGGAUUUGAUUAGAACAAAGAUUCCAUAACUUUAGGAAUAUCCUUUCUUUUAAAAAAUACUAAAAAACUAAUAAUAAACAACUCUCAGAGCUUAAAAAAAUUUUAGAAAAAUCAAAGCUGCUGUGAUGAUAAUUUCAAAAUAAAUUAUUCAAAAUAAAAAAACAAUGACAUCAUAGGAAAGAAAAGGAACUUUUCUUUUGGAGGCAAAUUUUAUGCAUUCUUUAGAUAGAAUGUAAAUGUCAUAAACAUCUAUUAGAAAAAAUAAUCAAAUUUAGGAAAAAUAAAAAUUGAUACAAUGA